GAAUCUCAUCGCGUUCUUUCUUUUUCUCCAUCUUUUUUUUUUCUUCUUUAUUUUUCUCGUAUUUAAUCGUCCUCGAGGGUUUCUCGUUUUGCUGUGAUCGUUGAAAUCCUUGGAUUGAUUGAUUGAUCGAUCGUUGCUAUGGCUUUUCUUCGAUCAUCGUCAAAUGCUUCCUCUGGAAUGGGGGUUGCUGAUGAUUGCAAGCACAUCUUCUCAGAGCUUCAAAGGAAGAAGAUGCACCGUUAUGUGGUUUUCAAAAUCGAUGAAAAGCGAAAAGAGGUUAUUGUGGAGAAGACUGGGGCUGCAACUGAGAGUUAUGAUAACUUUGUGGCUUCUCUGCCAGAGAAUGAUUGUCGCUACGCUGUUUAUGAUUUUGACUUUGUUACUGAAGAGAACUGUCAGAAAAGCAAGAUCUUCUUCGUUGCGUGGUCACCAGCAGUUUCCCGAAUCCGAGCAAAGAUGUUGUAUGCUGCCUCAAAGGAUCGGUUCAGGCGGGAGCUAGACGGGAUUCACUACGAGAUCCAGGCAACUGACCCUACUGAGAUGGAUAUUGAUGUUCUCAGAGAGAGGGCAAAUUGAUUCCCUGAUCAGGUAUCUGAGACUUUGCAAUGAAAUCAAUCAUGGAAAAUUGAGCAAAGUCUCUUUAUUGUUAAGAUUUUUAGUUUCUGGAAAAAACUCUAUCAUGAUGAUUGAACAUCAUAUAUAUAUAUAUAUAUAUAUAAGAACAUAAAUGGGGUGCUACUAAAGGAAGCUUUGUCAUAUCAUUUGUGUACCAAGAGAACUUGUAAAACCAAGACAACUCUUUUACAGACUUGAUCCUGUGUACAAUUUCUAUUAUUUGGUGAUGGUAAAGUUAUGAAACUUUGAGUUAUUA